CUCAGCUCGAAGCCGAUCCCGUGUGCCAAGCGGAAAAACGAAUUGAAGCUUUGGAUUACAAUGCUGAGACACAGAUCAUCUUCUGGGCUGACAGUUAUGACAAGACAAUCAAACGAUCGUACAUGGUGAAUGCACAGAAUGGUCAAGCCAAGAUUGGAUUCGCACAAGAUUUGAACAUGAAAGGCAAUUCAAAACCAACGGCUGUGGCAGUCAAUUGGGUGGCUGACAAUUUGUACUGGACUGAAGUCGAUCGAACUGGAUCGAAACCAAGAGGUCGUGUACUUGUUGCAAAGACAGAUGGCCGUUAUAGAAGAGCUGUUGUAAGUGCUGGUUUGGAAGUGCCAACAUCAAUUGCAGUCAAUCCACAAUUGGGACGAAUGUACUGGGCCGAUGCCGGUUCAGCACCAAAAAUUGAAGUUUCAUGGAUGGACGGUUCGAAGAGAAGACCACUAAUCACAGAUGCUAUUCGCCAUCCGGCCGGUUUGACCAUUGAUUACGCACAAGAGCAUCAAAUUUACUGGGUCGAUACCAAACUGAAUACAAUCGAAACGAUGCGACCGGAUGGAACAUUGAGAAACACCAUUUUGAAGGGUGAAAAUCUUCGGCAUCCGAUUUCAUUGGAUGUUUUCGAAUCGAAUGUUUACUGGGCAACUCGCGAUACCGGAGAAUUAGUGCGACAAGAUAAAUUUGGUCGCGGUGUUCCAGUGACGCUGCAACGAAAUCUAGUUAAUCCCUCAGGCAUCAAAGUUUAUCACGAAUACCGAUACAAUACCACGCUCAAAAAUCCAUGUUACAAGAGUGGAUGCUCGCAUUUGUGCUUGCUUGUGCCAGGUGGCCGACGAUGCUCUUGUCCAGAUAACACAGCUCCGAUAACAUCGCAUCGCAGCACGGCCGAAGUAAUUUGUGAUGCGGCAGCCGAACGACAAAGACCAUUACCAAGAAUUUGCCCGUGCGAAAACGGUGGAAUGUGCCAAGAGGACGAUUCGGGUGAUUUGAUGUGCGUGUGCUUACCAGAUUUUGCCGGCCAACAUUGUGAACGAUCAAUGGGUAGCUCAUACAGCCACGGAGGCGGUGCCUUUGCAGCUGUUUUCGUUCCAAUCAUGGUUAUCGCCUUGGUUUCCCUUGCCGGAGCCGGCGUUUGGUAUGUCAUCCGAAAGAGACCAUUUGGUAAAAUGGCUCGAUUAAGCAGCUUAUCGCCGUCACAGAGUGUUUCAUUCCGUCACGGAACAAAUGUUGAGUUCAAUUCACCAAACUUCAAUCAAGCAACAAACGGGCCGCUCGAUCCAAAUGUGCCACCGAUGGAAGGAUACAAUCUACAAGCGGUCAGUCAUAAGUCGAGAGAUUUCUCGAAUCCAAUGUACGAUGCCGUUCAAGCGGGUACAAACGUCGACCCCACACUGGGAAAUGGCUCUGGUAUUUACGAAGUGCCAACAGAAGUAUCAAAAGAUGGAAAAAUAUCGGGUUCAAACAGUAGUCAUGGACCGUUCACUGAACCAGUAUCAGCAAUUCUAGCUCCAAGUAGUAUAACACACAAAACAUCACCAACGCUACAAUUAAAGACUAAGAAACUAGAUCCAUCAGCCGACACCGGCAAAGACACACAACAUCUGGUCGAAGAGGAUAAGUCGGAUUGCUGAUAUUAUUUAUGGUUUAGGUUAGGACGAUAAGCCAAACAAAAACAAGAAAAUAGAGUGACAUCCAUGGCAGCAUUCAUGAAAUGCUUUGCCAAAAAGACAGAAUAAAACAAAUAACAAUUCAUAUGAACGAAAAUCAAAAUUUUCAAAUAGGAACAAACAAAAUAAUAGGUGAAUUUAGAAUGUAAAAUCCCACAAUGAGCUGCAACGUCAACGGUUCAUCUAGAGGUGUUGUAAGAAAUGUUUGUGUUGCAAAAGACAUUGAAACUGAUGUAGGCAAAUUUUUACUAUAUAUAAUUGCGAUUUGCGACACUAUGUGCAGAACAAGAAAAGAACAAACAACACCUAAAACCGAUUUUCCUCGAUUCAAUUUUAAAAUUGCGAUUCGGCAAAUCGAAAAACAACACACAUACACACGAACAACACAUUCUAAAGUAAAGCAAUUUCUAAUUAAAGACAUACACACAUAUGCAGAGGAAAAAAUAUCAUCAUUUUGAAUGAACAAAUUGUAAAAAAAAAGAUCAAAUGUACAUCGUGUUUUCUUUUUAUUUAAAUGUCUUUUUGCGAUAAAAUAGGGAAAAAGUCGAUUGUAAAUAAAAACAAUGAAAAAAAAUAAAAUGAAAUCAUAAAUGUUAAUUAAAUGGCGAAUUUAUAAAACGUAACAAAAAAAAUAGAACGAAAAAGAGCGAGAGAAAAAAAAAGAUGUCGAAAUGAGAAUGUGAAAUAGAAAUAUCAAAAUGAAGAGAGAAAAAAAAACAAGAUUUUUAAGCAAAAUUAUCGAAAAUGUGUAAAUACACCCCGGAAUUGUGCAUCUGCGUGGAUUAAAAGAUUUCUUUGACUUUUUUUGUUGCAAAUCGCUUCAAGGGAAUUUUUUUUAGUUUACACAAACGAUAAAAUUAAUGAAAAAGAGAAGAAAAACAAAUGAAAGAAAUGAAAUAUAUAUAUUUUUAUACGCGGUAAUGAGCAGUUUUCAGAAUGAAUGCGCUAGAGAAUAUAAAUCGCAAUAAAUUGUGGAUGAAACAGAGUAAUUUAACUUUAUGAAAAUUAUGAAAAUAGAAUUGAAACGUAUCAUUCCUGUAAAUGUAAAUGACAACUCUUUUUUAUGCCAUCACCGAAUCUCGUUGAAUUUGAAUGGCUCGGCAACAAAUGGGCAAUUCAAUUGAAAUGGGAUCGAACGAUGACGCGCACACACACACACAAAUAACUAUUUCCUUUUUUAAUAAUUUUCCAUUCCAAAUGUUUUCCAAAUGUUGAUUUUUGUUUAUUGUGGAACGUAAAUCUGUUGAAUUUUUCAGUUUUUUUUUUCUUAUUAUCAUUAAAUAAUAUAAAUAUUUUAACAAUUAUUACACUAUCAAAAGAAUAUAUAAAUGAAGAAAUGAAAAACAAAUGGUAUAGACUCGAUGUACGAUGACGCGAUAUUAGAUGCGAUACAAACUGUAUCCUGUAUUAUGUAAUAGUUUAGAGAGAAAAAUAAAUAACAACAAAAGAGAAUAUAAAUUGAAAAAUGAAGAAAAAAAACAGCCCAGAAAAACUAUCAUGGAAAACCUCUAUUUUUCUGUUUGUAAAAUAAUAAAAUAAAAAAAAAAUUACUGAAUUGCAAUAUUAAGUGGAUAGAGCCAAGAAAAUGAAUAAUAAAAACGAUAUUUUUACGCGAUAGGUCAAAGUUAUGUUAACAAUGAAAAGUAUGAGCGAAGCUCGGAAAUCAUUUUUUCUCCUCUGAUUUUAUUUAAACGAUUGAAUUGAGAAAAAUUGUCAUUUUCCAAAUAAAACCGACAAAAAUCAUGAAAAAAA